UGCCCGCGCGGGGAGAGCGGCGCGGGCGUGCGAGCGGGCGUGCGAGCGGCCAGCAGGCUGCAUGGCGCGAUGCGAGCCGCUGAGUGGCGCGCCCCUGCGCGACCUGCUGGGCCGGACGCAGGGGGUCCUGUUCGACUGCGACGGGGUGCUGUGGAACGGCGAGCGCGUCGUGCCUGGCGCCGCGGAGCUGGUGGAGCGGCUUGCACGGGCCGGCAAGCAGGCACUGUUCGUGAGCAAUAACAGCCGGCGCGCGCGGCCCGAGCUGGCCCAGCGCUUCGCGCGCCUGGGCUUCGGGGGGCUGCGCGCCGAGCAGCUCUUCAGCUCCGCGCUGUGCGCCGCGCACCUGCUGCGCCAGCGCCUGCCCGGGCCGCCCGACGCGCAGGGUGCCGUGUUCGUGCUGGGCGGCGAGGGGCUGCGCGCCGAGCUGCGCGCCUCGGGGCUGCGCUUAGCGGGGGACCCCGGCGUCGCCCUGCGCGUGCGCGCCGUGCUCGUGGGCUACGACGAGCACUUCUCCUUCGCCAAGCUGAGCGAGGCGUGCGCGCACCUGCGCGACCCCGACUGCCUGCUCGUGGCUACCGACCGCGACCCUUGGCACCCGCUCAGCGACGGCAGCCGGACCCCUGGGACUGGGAGCCUGGCCGCUGCAGUGGAGACGGCCUCGGGGCGCCAGGCCCUGGUGGUGGGCAAGCCCAGCCCCUACAUGUUCGAGUGUAUCACAGAGCACUUCAGCCUGGACCCCGCCCACAUGCUCAUGGUGGGGGACCGCCUGGAGACCGACAUCCUCUUUGGCCACCGCUGCGGCAUGACCACCGUGCUCACGCUCACGGGUGUGUCCCGCCUGGAGGAGGCCCAGGCCUACCUGGCAGCCGGCAAGCAUGACCUUGUGCCCCAUUACUAUGUGGAGAGCAUCGCGGACUUGAUGGGGGGGCUGGAGGACUGAACCCGCCUGAUCUGCAGCUGUAGCCACAGCCUCCCGACCCCCUGAUCCCAUAGAUGGAAGUGAUGGGUCAUGAGUCUCGUUAAGCACUAUGAGCUCCCUCGCCCCGGUUUUGGGGCCCUGGUGGAGCUGCCACGCAGGAAGGUGUGAAGACCUUUGUGCCCCCUCCCAGCAGUGGCUGAGCACUCUGCUGUUCCGGAAGCUGCCCCUGCGGCUUGGGGAUUCACCCUGGCCUGACCCAGCCAGGUGGCCUUGUUUCCUCCCUUGUUCCCUCCCCUCCCUGAAUAUGGGUCUUGAUGCCAACUGAAGAUUUUCCCCUGCCCUGGGCCUUUGGUCCCCUCCCGUCCCUGGGAACUCCUGAGCCCUGCCUGCCCCUGGGUCCUGGCCUUUGGCUUGUGGGCCGAUUGGAGGUCAAGGUAGCCACACAGUUAUUGUCCUGAGUGGACCAGUCAAGGCUAAGUGGCAGUGGCUCACUGAGGCCAGAUCUUGAGUGGACCAAAUAGGAGCUAAAUAACAAUGACCCUUGCAUGUCCUAGGUCCUGGGUGGACCCAUCUGGCCUUCAAGUAAUACCCACUGGUCUCUCAGAUCCUAAAGAGAACAAUUUCAGGAGUCCGAGUGACAGUGGCCUCUUGACAGUCCGUCCCACUAGACCAGCCAGGGUUGAUUUCAGUCAAUAAAUAAGGGACUGGGUGUGGGGACCUCUUCUUCCCUGGAGAUUGUGACCUCACUCACUCAGUGGCCCUGGGACUGCUGGGGCUCAGAGCCCUCCCUCCCUGAUCCCAUCCAGUGUUGGUGGCUGCAGCUCCGGAGGGGACUGUGAUGUCCCUGUGUAGCCAGUGUUUGCUGCGCCACCUUGCCAGUCCCCAUGCCCACUCCCAGCUAUUUAUUUGUUUGUUUAUUUAUUAUUGUGUGCCAGUGACAUGGGGGUUGGGGCUGGGCCUCUCCGCCACCUCCACCCACUAUAACCAGUCCUCCGUACUUAAUAAAGUGCGAGCGGGAGUGCACUGUGUCCCCAAGUCUGUGGCCAGGGCGGGGGAGCCCCUGCUGCGCCUGCUGUCCCCAGAACCAGCCACCUCAAGGCCUUCCCCAAGUGACAGUUCUGCUCGCUUUUCAGUAUGCAGAGACAUGGUGCCUCAGGUGUAUUUCAUACGUUGCUGGUCCUCACCUACCAAUUUGCUUGGUCCUUCAGAAAAUCCAGCAAGUUUCUCUUACUCAUCCUGUUUUAUGUGGUCUUAUCAAAAGAUACAGCAAAUUUUUAUUUUA